AUGAACACAAUUAGAAAAAUAAGGCCGUCUAUUGGAUCAUCUUAAGAGAUUUAGAUAAACGCAUCUUGUUCUUUCACACCUAAGUUGACUAAAUCUCAAACUUUCAUCUAAAUAAAGAACAAAUGUGCUUCCUCUGGCAGUAAAAAUUCUACAUCUACUAAAUUAACCUCACCUUACUAACCUCAUCAAAAGAGUUAGUUCUCUCUUCAAACCCACUCUGAAACUUAGGACAUUCAUUCUAUUCUAAAUGAAUGCCUAUAAAUUUUCAAAGAAAUUUAACAAAAUUCUUUUAAUAAUGAAGUUGUUUUGCUUGAUGGAAAGGAUAAGAUGCGAAACAUUGAAAAAAUAAUAGAAGAAAUUUUACAUCAUCAAAAUACCAAAAAUUCAAAUUAAAACAAGAUAUCCUAAUUCAUGUAAUAAAUUAUUGAAGAAAAAAGGCAAAAGCAAUAAGCUAUUCAAUCAGGAGAAAACCUAAUUAAGUAAUAAGCAAAUCAGAUUCAAUAGUUAGUAUUAUUAUUUUAUAAUUUUAGAACCUUAGAAUUUCUAUUUAUUAAUAAUGA